AUGCAAGGCAAAGAAACCUUUGAAGAGAAGACACAUGUGAAGAAUGCAACUGUUGUAAAACUUGUUAAAUAUUUGAUGGAUGGAUACAACAAGGGCAUAAGGCCUGUGCAAAACUGGAGGCGUGUAACCACUGUGAAUAUAGAUAUCACUCUGUAUGCCAUCCUAGGAGUGGAUGAAAAAAAUCAGUUGCUCUCCACUUACAUCUGGUAUAAACAGAGCUGGGUGGAUGAGUUUCUCACAUGGGAUCCUAUGAAAUUUGACAAUGUGUUAAACAUUACCCUUCCUGUACACAUGGUCUGGGUACCAGAUAUGACCGUUACUGAAUCAGUGAAUGCGGAGAAGCCCCCUGAGAUCAGUUAUGUCUUUUUACUCAACAAUGGCAGAGUUUUGAACUACAAGCCAAUGCAAAUAACAUCUACUUGCACACUUGACAUCUUCUAUUUUCCCUUUGAUUACCAGAACUGCACCCUCACGUUCGUAAGCUGGAUGCACACAACCUUUGAGAAGAGAGAGAUCAACGAAACAUAUUACGUACACCAUAUUAAUAAUUAUGGGGAGUGGGAACUUAGCCGUGUAAUUCCAAAAUAUGAAGAAUUAACUGAAGAUGAUAUGGAGUAUGGAGAAGUCAGUUACAUUAUAAUUAUCAAAAGGAAGCCACUGUUCUACGCUAUUAAUCUGAUUUUCCCAAGUAUGUUGCUCAUGAUCAUGGAUAUUGUAGGAUUUUACCUUCCUCCUGAGGGUGGAGAGAGAAUUUCUUUCAAGGUCACUCUACUUCUAGGCUACUCAGUUUUCCUUAUCAUCGUUUCAGAGCAAUUGCCAGCAACUGGGGAACCUCUCAUAGGUGUGUACUUUACACUGUGCAUGAUAAUGCUUGUGGUCAGCUUGAUGGAGAGCAUAAUGAUAGUUCGAAUAGUCCAUAAGGAGAACCUACAUCCAGAGGUUCCUAAGUGGCUAAAGAAAUUGGUGUUGGAAAUACUGGCUCCUAUGGUUUGCUUGAGUGAAUGGGCACGGUUUAACACACCCAAAGAACAGGAUGCAGCUUCAACUGAAGAAACAGAGACUAGCACUGAGAAACUGACAUGUUACAAUAAUAAAAAUGCAUUGGAUGACAACAGGCAGCUGCCAGUGGUACAGGAUUCAGAAUUGCUUCAUAAUAUAUUGAAAGAAGUUGCAGCCAUUCGAGAACAUGUAAAAAAAAGUGACCACAAAUCUAUCAACCAGGAAUGGCUUCGGGUUGGCUAUAUUAUCGACAAAUUACUGUUUCGAGCUUACCUCACAUUCUUUUUGAUAAAGAAGAGCACAGUUUAA